GUGUCUUUUUGAUAAGUUCAGUUGGCACCAAACAUGAGCUCUUCUUUUGCUUCUAGAAGGCGGCCCGAUCCGCCCGAGCGUGUUCCUUCUCCUCAUGAUAGAGGUGACCAUGGCCACACAAUAGUGGUUGCCACAGCCACCGCGGUUCCCGUUGCUUCUGUCAGCAGUCAUGAUUCUGCGUCGAGGGACCAGGACAGGACGGUUCUACAGAUUCCGUCUCGUCCCACGGGUGGAGCAGUGUGGACGCAGACUAUGAUUGAUCUGAAAACACGAGACGUCUUUGACGACCACGAAGACAGUGUCAAUAACGACAGCAGCAGCAACUGCAUCCCUCAAUCAUCCAUGGCAACAGCCACGACGGCGGCUCAGAGUUCCACUUGCAGCUUCAACUUGGAAGAUGAAGAAGAGUGGUACCGAAGAGCACACAAUAAUAACAGCAGCACCCACAGUUUCUAUCAAUCCGACAAUGAUUUGGUCAGUGACAUUGCAGAAGAAGAAGAACCAUCUCAACACGAAAGUAAUACCAUUCUUGGAGUCACAGUCUACAAACCACCCGGCCGACAACCAGUGGGAAUUGGAAUCUCCAAUUGUGCCACUGUCGAUGGCAUUCUAGUGACCAAGAUUCACCCCGACAGCAUCUUUCUCAAUACCAAUCUACAAGUAGGAAUGAAGAUUCUACGCAUCAACGACACGGCCGUCUCCAACGCGUUCCCGGCAGACUAUGUGGCCAUGCUGUUGCGAGAAGUCGACGGAUGGAUCACCUUGCACGUCAUGGAUGUACGCGAUUUCUUGCCCGAUGACAAGAAGAAUUCUAGAUUAUUGGACUUGUCACGGCCGGAAUUGCAAUGGACCACCGUUUCCAUUUACAAACCCCAUGCAGACGCUUCCGUGGGAAUUGGAAUUGCCGACCGAACCACCGUCGUUGACAACAACAAUACACCCGCGACAUUUCCCGUCAUUGCUAGUUUUGCAGCGGGUGGUGUUUAUGCCAAAAGUUCCAGUGCCAAGUUGCUCCGAUGCGGGAUGCGGCUCUUGAGCAUUAAUGGAUUCCCCUGUCGAGGGAGAGAUGAUGCCAUCGCCAUGCUGCAAAUUGCGGUCGGCUACCUUGAAAUCACGGCCGGGCCAGAAGAUAUGGUGUUUGUCUGUUCCGCCACCAAAGAACAGCAGUCGUUGGGACUCUGUUUGCAACAAUACGACGAACAAACGCUGAUCGAAUACAUGACGGACGACAGUCUCUUUGCCGACACGGGGUUGCCCAUUCCGUCGCGAAUACUACGGGUUAAUGGUAUGGAAGUCAGUGGUCUGCCGCUCGAUACGCUCAUGUCCAUUCUACAUCACACCGAAGGAACCAUUGCUCUUUUGGUGUCGACCAAGAUCAAGUAGUGGCUGCGUCUUGCAAAUACUGGUACAUGAACGAAAAUGAAUGUGCACGUUUUAUUUAUAUUCAAUCCACAAACAAUGGCAGGUGGAGCCUGGGAAUCUGGCGACCCAAGAUGGCUGGUUUUCCCGCAAAGCGAAUGUCUCGCUGCAGCGAAGAAAUGCGAACGGCAGUUUGGAGCGGCUACAACGAUGGAUCACAAGUACCUGCGGUGUCUACCACCGAGACCAAUCAAAGAUGGACAGAAACGUGGCGACGGCACCAGCCUCACUGUCGUGUAUGAGCUGGCCUCGAUGUGUGCUUUCUUGCCGGACCCCCAGGCCAUGAUAAUAUGCACUCGCUUAGCCAGGAGGGCCAAACCAUGUUGGGACUUGGCUCACCAGCGCUAUGUUUGGACGUUCACGUCAGGACAAGGUCCAUCAACUGGUAGUAACUGUUGUAGCGGAAGGUUUUCAUACGGGCGUUGAGUUCUUUCGUUUGUUGAUCUGACGGGGCGUGGCAUCAGGUGGCUUCCCGUGGCAAGUCUCGGGCCUUGGAUCCAAGCAAAGCCUGAUAGGUCCAUCGUGCGGGUACUCUAGAGCUAGCAGUACACAUUAAGGCCCUUCAUUAUUGUUAGACCCAGGGCAGCCAUUGUCACAUAGCCACUGGAACACUUCCCUUUCGUUAUUCGCGCAGGCAGCUUGAUAUGUUGCUGCACUCCAUGGACAACCAUUUUCACGAGCCCACUUUAAAAUUUCCAAAUGUCC